AUGUCAACAAGAACAGUGAUGCGAUCCAACUGGAUCUCGAUCACUAAGUCCCAAAGGUCGCGCUUGUACUCUACUCUACCACCCAAAGCACGACUAAACACUCCCACGGAUUUCGAUGCAACCGCCCUGCUCAAUCACAAUUCCAAGUCCGCAUUAGCCAGCAAUGAGUUAUCCUCCGAAGCGAAAAGUGGUACUGCGACGCGGUUGAAUCUUUUCCAAGCCAUCAACUCUGCACUUUCAUAUGCGCUUCGAACGGAUCCUCGUGUUUUGCUAUUCGGAGAAGAUGUGGCUUUUGGAGGGGUGUUUCGCUGCAGCAUGAAUCUGGCCUCUGAGUUUGGAGACGACAGAGUCUUCAACACACCCUUGACCGAACAAGGCAUCGUGGGCUUUGCUAUAGGAGCGGCCUUUGAAGGCAUGCGGCCUGUUGCUGAAGUGCAGUUCGCCGAUUACGUAUAUCCUGCCUUUGAUCAGUUGGUCAAUGAAGCAGCAAAGGCUAGAUUCAGAGCUGGUAUGAAUGCUCAAGGACAGAGCUGUGGAGGUCUUGUGGUGCGCAUGCCUUGUGGAGGUGUAGGACAUGGUAACAGACAAGGCGCCGAGUAUACUAAUAGUCGCAGAUACCAUUCUCAGUCACCAGAGUCGCUUUUCACACACAUACCUGGACUGCGUGUGGUGAUGCCUCGUGGACCCGCACAGGCCAAAGGUCUGCUGCUCGCAGCAAUUGCAAGCAAUGAUCCUGUCGUAUUCAUGGAGCCGAAAAUACUUUACCGUGCAGCAGUCGAAUACGUACCUGCCGAGGCAUAUGAGAUCCCUUUGAGCAAAGCAGAGAUCGUCAAGCCUGGAAAAGACAUCACGAUCAUCAGCUACGGGACCCCAUUGUACACAUGCUCAAAUGCAAUUGAAAAGGCAGAAGCAGACUUUGGUUGCCAGAUUGAGCUCAUCGAUCUUCGGACAAUCUACCCUUGGGAUCGGGCUACGAUUAUUGAGAGCGUGAAGCGAACCGGAAAGGCCAUAGUGGUUCACGAAAGCAUGACCAACUCUGGAGUUGGCGCCGAAGUGGCAGCAACGAUUCAAGAGACAUGCUUCCUCAGUCUAGAAGCCCCGAUUGCGAGAGUCGGGGGAUGGAGCACACACAUGGGUCUCAUCUAUGAGCGAUUCAACAUCCCGGACGUGACACGUAUCUACGAUGCCAUCAAGACAACACUAGACUAUUAG